UAGAAAAUUAUGAAAGAGAUGAUGGUGAGACAUCAGCUGAUCAGGAUUUCAUUCCUGCUAUGCUUUAUGAUUCUCUGAAGACUGAGCACGACCGACUCAAGGAUCAGUAUUCUGAGGCCCAAUCUGAAUUAAGGGUUUUGAAGGAAGCCACAUCAUCAGAACCUUCAAAUAAGCUAGUAUCUGUAGAAGCUUACCAGCAGCUGAAGCUAGAAUAUGAAGGGCAGAUUGAAUCUUUGCAAGAAGCUCUAGAGGAAACAAAACAGAAUUCAAAUGCUGGACUAAAAGGCAGCUUGCAGACAGAAGGCAAAUAUCAGGAAGACUCAACAGAUGUCAUGUUUACAGAAGGAAUCAGCCUCCAAGAAGUAAGAAUGAAACUCAAAGAGACUGAAUCUAAGUAUGAGAAGGCACUGAUCGAGAUAAACAGACUCCAAAAGCAUGCAGAGGUGAGGGUGCCAUCUGUAGAAGAUGAGGACAGCACGCUGUCCAAGGAUAACUCAAUUGAAUCUGAGCUCCAAAAGGUGAAAACUGAUCUACUGAAAGCUAUGGAAGCAGAGACAGAGAAAAGUCAGAGAGUGAAGGAGCUAGAAGAAAAGAACAGGGAAAUGGCAGCCAAAGCAAGUCAGACAAUCUCCUUGGAAGAGUAUGAAAAGAUGACAAUGUCCUUCAACCAGACUUUGGACAAGACUUACAAAGAAAAGGACAUGCUGGCUGAAAAACUAAGUCAGGCAGAAUCAGAACUCAGAAAAAUGAAUGAAGUCAUGGGGGCCAGAACAGAGGUCAUUGAGCAAAACCAGAUACUUGUAGUUGAAAAGCAAAAGGCAUCUGAGAAAGCAUCACGUAUCUGUGAACUUGAAGAACAGCUGUCUGAGGUAAAUCAAGCCUAUAAGGAAAUGAAACACAGCUGGCAGAUGCUGCAAAAUGACCAUGGCCAGAAAGAAGAGCUGAGUUUAUUAAAGGAGCAGUUAACAUCUGCAUACAUAUCUAAAGAAGAACAUGACGAAGUUAUAAGGAAACUAAAUGAGAUGUUACUGGAAGCUAAUACAACACUAUCAAGUCUAACUGAAAAGCACAAUGAAGCACUGAAGGGCGUGACAAAACUGCAGGAUGAACUUGGGAGUUAUAAGAAUGAGGUUAUCCCUCUUUGUGACCACAGACGUGUAAGGGAAACACUAGAGAAACAAAUAGAAGAACUGAACAGCAAGUCUAAACAGUAUGAACAAGAACUGGCAUCCAAACAUAAAGAGGUCACUAAACUGCAGACAGAUGUGAAAGAGAAGAAGGAACGAACAGUCCCCAAGGAAGAAUAUGACCAGAUGAAAUGUUCCCUGCAGGCAGAGGUAAAUACCUUGACUCUGAAACUCAAUGACCUCAUAAAGAAACACGAGAAGACUUGCACAGAGGUAUUUCAGGUACAAAGGGAAGCACUUUUUAUGAAGAGUGAAAAACAGGCCGCGGAGGCACAAUAUGCUGUCCUGGAGAAACAGAUGAAUGACCUGCGGUCAGAAUCUGAGCGCAUUCAGGAACUGCACAAGCACAUUGAAGAUUCAGCAACUCUUGUAAAAGAAAAGGACAAAAAGAUAACUGAACUGUCCAGAGAAGUGUUCAAACUGAAAGAGGCUCUAAAUAGUUUGUCUGAGCAGUCAAGCAAGGCAGGAACCCUUCAGAGAGCAUUUGUACACUCUAGUCCGCAGAUGGAAUCCCUCCAGAACAAGAUUCAGUAUCUGCACAAACAGCUGGAGGAUACAGAAACCCAGCACAAAGCCAUAGUGUCCAUCUACAGAAUGCACCUCCUCAAUGCUAUUCAGGGCCGAAUGGAUGAAGAUGUCCAUAGUAUUUUGCAGCAGAUACUGAAAGUGCAGAGCCGGUCACAAAUUCCUAGAUAAAUCACAAAGAUAAACAGAACAACCUUCUUCAUUUGGAGAAAAUAUGGGUGGCCCCAGAAUAACCUAAUGUUCCUCUAUAAAGAUUCUGUGUUAGAAAUGUGAUAACUUUCCUCAGGAAUACAUCUGUUUGCAUCUGAAGGAAUCAGCUGGCAUUCUUAGCAUGACAACCACUGAUGAAUUUCCAUGGCUCCACAAAUUAAUACAUAUUAACUGGCUUGUCUUGUUUCUCAGGACUGACAAUUUCUGUCUAAAUAAGAUACUGUUCCACUACUGUGUUUAUACUGCAAGCAUAGCCAGCAGCAAAUGAUUUGUUCCUAUAGCAUUAUACACCCAUACAGUGGUUAUACACAGAACUCAUGCUCUGGUUAUACACAGAACUGUAACCAUACAGUUGUUAUACAUGGAAGUGCAUCCAUGCUCUGGUUAUACAUGGAAUUGUAACCAUGCAUUGAUUAUACACAGAGUUACACCUAUGCCCUGGUUAUACACAAAGCUGCACCCAUGCCCUAGUUAUACACAUAACUGCACCCAUGCACAGGCUAUACACGUAACUGCACCCAUGCCAUGGUUAAAGAUAGAACUGCACACCAUGCCCUGGUUUUAUGUGGCACUGCACUCAUGCAGUGGAUCAUUCACAGUGUGCUUUUCCUCAUGCACUGAAUUAUUUAUACUGUACUUCUCCUCAUGCACUGGAGUAUUCACACU